AAAAUCUCAACUACGCCAAUCGUCGCUGGACGAGUUUAUUCCCUAUAAGGGCUGGAAACUUUAUUUCUCUGAAGCUUAUGCUGACAAGUCUCCUUUUGUCCAGAAGACUCAAGCUUUUGAGAAGUUUUUCAUGCAACGCAUUGAACUUUAUGAUAAGGAUGAAAUAGAAAGAAAAGGAAGUAUUCUUGUGGAUUAUAAGGAACUAAUACAAGACAGAGAAUUGACUAAAUCAAUACCAAAUAUAUGUACUGAAUUAAGGGAUAUGCCUCAGAAAAUACUGCACUGUAUGGGUCUGGCAAUUCAUCAGGUGCUAACCAAGGACCUGGAGAGGCAUGCUGCAGAGCUGCAGGUGCAGGAAGGAUUACCACUGAAUGGAGAUCCUAUAAUAAAUGUGCCUCUCAUUCAUGCGAGGGUGUACAACUAUGAUCCACUAACUCAGCUGAAAAACGUUCGGGCCAACUGCUAUGGCAAGUACAUUGCCUUGCGUGGCACUGUUGUGCGUGUCAGUAACAUUAAGCCUCUGUGCACUAAGCUGGCUUUUGUGUGUGGCACAUGUGGAGAUGUUCAGUGUGUUCCUCUCCCUGAUGGCAAGUAUCAACUUCCAUCCAAGUGCCUUGUUCCCGAGUGCCGUGGUCGGUCCUUCACAGCUGACAGAAGCUCUCCCUUAACCACUACAGUGGACUGGCAGUCUAUUAAGGUGCAGGAGCUGAUGUUAGAUGAUCAGCGAGAAGCAGGACGAAUCCCUCGCACAAUCGAAUGUGAACUGGUUCAAGAUCUUGUGGACAGCUGUGUCCCAGGAGAUAUGGUCACAAUUACAGGGAUAGUAAAGGUGUCAAGCACUGAGGAAGGAGCUUCUAGAAAUAAGAAUGACAAAUGUAUGUUCUUGUUGUACAUUGAGGCAAAUUCUGUCACCAACAGUAAAGGACAAAAAAUAAAGAACUUUGACGACGAGACUUUUCAGAGGUCAUUCAUGGAGUUUUCACUUAAAGAUCUCUAUGCUGUCCAAGAAAUUCAAGCUGAAGAAAAUCUGUUCAGGCUCAUCGUAAACUCUCUUUGUCCUGCAAUCUAUGGCCAUGAGAUUGUAAAGGCAGGUUUGGCCCUGGCCUUAUUUGGAGGAUGUCAGAAGUUUGUGGAUGACAAGAACAGAAUCCCAGUGCGAGGAGAUCCACAUGUUCUGGUUGUUGGAGAUCCAGGAUUAGGAAAAAGUCAAAUGCUGCAAGCAGUGUGUAACAUUGCUCCUCGAGGCGUGUAUGUUUGUGGUAAUACUUCCACCAGCUCUGGCCUGACUGUUACACUGUCUAGAGAUGGCACUUCCGGAGAUUUUGCCUUGGAAGCUGGUGCUUUAGUGCUUGGAGAUCAAGGAAUUUGUGGAAUAGAUGAAUUUGAUAAGAUGGGAAACCAGCAUCAGGCUUUGUUGGAAGCCAUGGAACAGCAAAGCAUCAGCCUUGCCAAGGCUGGCAUUGUUUGCAGUUUGCCAGCUCGGACAUCUAUUGUUGCUGCAGCAAACCCCGUUGGAGGACAUUAUAACAAAGCCAAAACAGUGUCUGAGAACUUAAAAAUGGGGAGUGCUUUACUGUCAAGAUUUGAUCUAGUUUUCAUUUUGCUGGACACCCCGAAUGAAGAUCACGAUCACUUGCUGUCUGAACAUGUGAUGGCAAUCCGAGCUGGCAAGCAGGCAGUAUACAGCAGUGCUGUUGUGACUCAUACCAGUGCACAGGAUCACUCUGUUCUCAAAACACUUUCAGAUCAACCACUGCUUGAAAGACUAAAGAUCUCAGCAGGAGAAAAAUUUGAUGCCAUUCCAUAUCAGCUGCUGAGGAAGUAUGUUGGAUAUGCUCGGCAGUAUGUUCAUCCAAAUUUAUCUCCAGAAGCUGCCCAGGUCCUCCAGGAAUUCUACCUUGAGCUCCGGAAACAGAACCAUGGAGCAGACAGUACUCCAAUCACCACGAGGCAGCUAGAGUCGCUGAUUCGACUUACAGAGGCAAGAUCAAGGCUGGAAUUAAGGGAGAAAUCUACCAAGGAAGAUGCCGAGGAUGUAGUAGAAAUAAUGAAAUACAGCAUGCUGGGAACCUACUCUGAUGAGUUUGGAAAACUGCACUUUGAGCGUUCACAGCACGGGUCUGGGAUGAGCAACCGGUCACAAGUGAAAAGAUUUGUUUCUGCUCUUAACAGUAUUGCAGAAAGAACUUACAACAAUCUCUUCGACUUGCAGCAGCUUCGACAGGUUGCAAAGGAACUACAAACCCGAGUACCUGAUUUUGAAAGCUUUAUCGAAUCCCUAAAUGAUCAGGGUUAUCUUUUGAAAAAAGGUUCAAGAGUUUAUCAGCUUCAGACUAUGUGAAAAGAGGAAGUGGUAAACUUUCUUAAGACAUAAUCUUUAUACCUGGACUGGACUGAAGGACCUGCAGCCAUGAGGCACACUGAACUGCAGCCUGGCAUAGUGAGCA